UAUAUACUUACUAAUAAGUUCUAAUUUUUGAUAAUUUCAGGAAAAAGAUGAAAGGAUGAAAUCUAAUCCAGACCUAUACUUUAACUGUGCUACUGUAAACAAAUAUCUAGAAAACUAUGAAAUGGCCCUUACUGGAUUUGAUGCUGCUGCUUUAAAGGAUCCUGGUCUCAAUGCUACCAAAGAGGUUCAAAAGAUUGUUAACCUUCUUGACAAGCUAGAUAAUUUGUUAAGGGGACAUGCCAGAUCUAAACGACUUGCAUCUUUAGCAUCAUCUCUGGCUGUGGUAAAUUGUAUGCCACCUUACUCUUUCAUGUAGUGUAGCUUAUGGUGAUUUAUGAACUUGAGUGAGCAUGGCCAUUAUCCUUUUUAUUUGUGGGAAAUAUACUAAUUUUUGUCAUUUGCGUUGUUUGUAAGUGAAUUCGUCAUAUAAAAGGGCUACUAUAAAUCUUUUAUCAGAGGGUCUGAACAAAGCAGUAG